AUGAUUAUACUUAUAUUUAUUCAUUUGAUUAUAGAAUCUAAUUCAAUUUGUUUGAAAAAUUAGAACUACUUUCUAUCAAUCAUCAGAGGUAACUAUAAGAAUGUUUUACAAAAAAAUGGAGAAGCAAUCAUUUCAUCUAGAUUACAAAAUGGUAUGAAAGCUGGUAAAGAUGGCAGCUGUCUUAAUGAUUCAAUGUAUGAUUUAGACAUUUAUACUUGGAAUUAUCAUGGAUAAUCAAUCGCUUUUUAACUUAGACAAGUAUAUGAAUUAAAUACUUUAAAAAUCUGGUUUUGGGAUGGUGAUAGCAGAAUCUACAGAUUCAAAAUAUACAUUCAAAAUGAAAAUUAAGAGAAGUUGGUUUAUGAUGGGACAGGAAAAAGUAUAUUUAUCUUAAAAUUUCCUGAUUUAUUUGUUUCAAGAUUUCGAUUAUAGAGUAUAAUUUCAUUUUUUUUUAAAAUAAUAUUAUCUAUAGUAAAUGUGAGUGGGAAUACAUUCAAUAAUUAAAUGCAUUUAUUAAGGGCUGAGGCCUACUACAAUUGA